AUGGUGUCAAUGAGCACGACGCCGCACCCGCUGGAUCCGUCGGUCCCGGCCGUCGCCGGGGGCGGCAAGGAGGACGAGGAGGCGCGGCAGGCGCGGGAGUCGGCCGCCGCCGCCGCCGCGCCCACGGCCGUGCCCGUGCCCGUGCCCGUGCCGUCGGUUGGGAACGACGACGACGAGGGGCCCCGGAGGGUGCGCAAGCCCUACACCAUCACCAAGUCGCGCGAGAGCUGGACCGACCCCGAGCACGACAAGUUCCUCGAGGCGCUGCAGCUCUUUGACCGUGACUGGAAAAAGAUCGAAGCAUAUGUUGGCUCCAAGACAGUAAUACAGAUCAGGAGUCAUGCACAAAAGUACUUUUUGAAGGUUCAAAAGAAUGGAAAAGGUGAGCAUUUGCCCCCACCUAGGCCAAAACGAAAGGCUGCCCAUCCAUAUCCACACAAAGCCUCAAAAAAGGCCCUUCAAGUUGUCUUACCACAACAAGCUUCACAUAUAAUGGAGCAAGGCUGUGGUACACCUAUGGAUACUGCUACUGUUGCUACGGACUCAAGUGCAAAUGAUGCUUUUCCUGUUCAACAUUUCAGUCCGAGGCAUACACAAGGUGCAACAUAUAAUAACUCUAGUAGCAUAGGUAGCCAAUCUGGAACUUGGCCAACUUCUGAAGGCACAGAACAAGAAAUCAGGCAUCCAGCACUGAGUGCCAUGCCAAACUUUGCUCGUGUAUACAACUUCCUGGGAAGCAUAUUUGAUCCAGAGACAAAUGGUCAUUUGCAACAGUUGAAGGAAAUGGAUCCUAUUGAUGCUGAAACGGUACUGUUGCUAAUGAAAAACCUGUCAAUCAACCUAACUAGCCCAAACUUUGAGGAACAUGAUAACGAGCAAGUGAGAGAAGCUGGCUGCCCUCAAGCCGAAGGCGUUGGAGUCACUCUGGAGCAUGGCGAUGUCCUUAUUGGAGUGCUUGCUAGCCAUUUGUAG